AUGAACGAGCCAGAGGUUUAUAUGUUCCGGAGAGACGAACCAGAGUCCCAACGCCUCAAUCACCAGCAUGCUCUCCUUGCCAAAUUCUCUCACCGGGAGCUGCUCCAUCGAUCGAUUGACAGAAGCAAGAUUGUGAACGUGGCGGACAUCGCUACCGGAACAGGAAUCUGGCUACAAGACCUAUCCUCUUUGUUGAAGAACGUCCCGGGGACUGGUCCACGCUACUACCAUGGGUUCGACAUAUCCCCGAGCCAAUUCCCCCCAGACGAGGAAAACAUCAAAUUCACUGUCCACGACACGCUCAAACCCUUCCCAAAGGAGCACUGGGCCCGCUACGAUGUGGUUCAUGUGCGAUUGGUCUUUUUGGCUAUCAAGGAGUGCGAUAUCAUGACCGCUUUGCACAAUAUGACACAGCUUCUGAAACCCGGUGGAUACCUGCACUGGGAUGAGUUUGACGGCGACAGCUUUUUUGGGACACAGAACAUUCCCGGAUCGAGUGUCAUCGCGGAUUAUGCCAGGAGCGUUGGGCUCACAAUGAGUGUCUCUCAAGUCAUACGGGAUGCAGCCGAGAAGGCCGGUUUGCAAGACAUUUCUCGGGAAUCGUAUAGUUCUUCCCAGCCGGUCGGACUUACACGAAGAUGUGAGGCGAUGGUAUCUUGA